GGGUGGUAGUGGCUCUCUGAAGAUAGUCAACUAGGACCUUGGUGUGUCACAGAGGGGCUAGGACUGCAACUUCCCAUUCCGUGCAAGCUCGAGCUGAAGUCCUAUCUAGAAUUGUGGCUUACCCACAAUGAGAACGGUCCUAUUCCAAUAAACCAGAAUGAGUCUCAUGGACAUCGCCAAGAUCUUCUCUCUUCUGCAGCCUGAAAAGGAGGAGGAGGACACUGACACGGGAGAGAAACAAGCUCUCAAUCAAGCUGUGUAUGACAAUGACUCCUGUACCCUGGACCACCUUCUACAGCAGGAGCGCUAUAAACGCUUCAUCAAUAGCAGGAGUGGCUGGGGAAUACCUGGAACACCCUUGCGCUUGGCAGCUUCUUAUGGCCACUUGAACUGUGUAAAGGUCCUCCUGGAACAUGGUGCUGAUGUAGAUAGCUUGGAUGUCAAAGCACAAACACCACUUUUCACCGCUGUUAGUCAUGGUCAUCUGGAAUGUGUGCGCGUGCUUCUAGAAGCUGGCGCCUGUCCUAGUGGUAGCAUCUACAACAAUUGCUCUCCUGUUCUCACCGCCUCACGUGAUGGUGCUGUUGCCAUCUUGCAGGAGCUCCUAGGGCAUGGUGCAGAGGCCAAUGUCAAAGCUAAAUUACCAGUGUGGGCCUCAAACAUAGCUUCAUGUUCUGGUCCCCUCUAUUUGGCUGCAGUCUAUGGGCAUCUUGACUGUUUCCGCCUGCUUUUGCUCUAUGGGGCAGAUCCUGAUUACAACUGCACUGACCAGAGUCUCUUAGGUCGCGUUCCACAGCCUCGCACACUUCUUGAAAUAUGCCUUCAUCAUAAUUGUGAUCCAGAGUACAUCCAGCUUUUAAUAGAGUUCGGAGCUAACAUCUACCUUCCAUCUCUCCCCUUGGACCAGACCUCACAAAAUGAUAAAGGCAUUAAAUUGCUGCUGCAAGCCCGAGCCACUCCGCGGUCACUCCUGUCUCAGGCCCGUUUAGUUAUCUGCAGAGCCCUGAUCCAGGCCAAACAGCCACAAGCCAUCGACCAGCUGGAUAUUCCCGCUGUGUUGAUUAGCUACCUCAAACACCAGUGACAAGUUCUCAACCUUCCAAGGAACCCGUGAUACCUCCAAAAGACACCUGGUAAACCAGGUAGCUUGAAUAUAAUAUG